ACCAGAUCUGGCAGGUAACGAAAUAGCCGUGGGUAACAGUAGCUGGCCGUGGGGGUCGAGACCUCCCACCAGCACCGCCCUUACCAACACCACCUCCGUCACCACCCUCAGACCCACCAAACGAAGGAAGAAGAAGAAACGCAGGAAGGAGAAACACAAGGACAGACAGAGACGCAGGAGAAGGAAGCACAAGGCGACGCGGCUUAGAAACAGAAGAAGGAAAGAAAGGAGAAGACGCAGGUUUAGGAAAAAUAAGGAAAGAAGAAGGAAAAAGAUGUCAACAACAGCGAACACCACUACCACAACAACAACAAUGGCGCCUGGAAGCUGAUUCUCUGUCUUUAUCUGUUGACCUUCUUUUUUUUUUUGGCUCGAAUUCGUGAUCGAUCGCUCUUUGGGGAGUGUAACUGAAAGACAAACAGACAGACAGGCAGGGAUCUCACUAACGAAGAGACAAGUGAGUGAUCGAUCUAAAUCCGAAUAGAGAAGUGCCUCAACAUAGCGGCUAAGUGCUCCCCCUCCCCUUCGCCUGACACUGUAUAUAUAGCCCAUCUUCGCCCACUAAUUUAUUCUGUGUUUUGACGUUCCUAGCAGUGAGUGUGAGGCGCUGUAGACCUGAGCACUCUUCAGACUUCUCUCUCACGUCCGUACCAUAAAAUAAAUACAGGGUGUCUAUAAAUAAUUCACCCGAUUAUGAAGCUCAAUAAAAACUUUACUGUAAAAUAUAUCAUAAAACAGUUUGGUGCAGUUAAUAAAGGAACUCAGGUAAUCUUUUGAUAUGUAUUUGUGCACACAUAACUGGACCUCAGUAAACCUCCAGAUGGGCCCUUUGGUAGCACGUAGAAUAUCAAGACGGCAGCUGAUUUCAUUCCAGGUGUUCUGAAGCAUUUCUAGCGUGAUGGAAGCCAGGGCCUCUUCAAUCCGGAGUCUUAACUCUGUGAUGUUAUUAAUCCUUUUCUCAUACAACUUGUCCUUGACGUAGCCCCAUAAAAAGGAUUCCAUAGGCAUGAUGUCCGGGGAACGAGGAGGCCACGGAACGGGACCACCGCGCCCGAUCCAACGAGUAGGGAAGUUUUCAUCGAGGAAAUCACGCACUUGUGUGGUGGUGCACCAUCUUGCUUAAAGAACACAUGGGGCUGCAUACCUUCCAGCUGAGGUACAGCAUAAAAGUCAAGCAUAUCUACAGUAUGUGAGUGGCAGAGUUCACAGUGUUCUCAUGGAAGCAAAAUGGUUCAAUCACACGAUUGUAUGAGAGUGCGCACCAAACGUUUAUUUUGGGACUAUCAAGCUCGUGUUCAGAAACGAAAGAUAGUUUUCUGAUCCCCAUACACGGCAACUGUGUCUUUUGAGCUUUACAAGACAGGUGAAAUGUUGAUUCAGACAUUAUUAAAAAAUAUGCUGUACUGUCACAAUUCACGUUGAUAGCAGUCCUGCCAAAUACAUGUCAAACGAUUACCCGAGUUGUUUUCUUGCAGCAAGCCGCUUUAUGAUAUCUUGUACAAUAAUUUUUUUUAUUGAGCUCCAUAAUCAGGUGAAUAAAUUAUCAACACCUCGCCAGACUCCUGCCCGCAGUAACUAUCUUAUUCUGGUGCGGGUGUGAGUAUGUUGAGUCAGCCACCCAUGAGUCUUUUGUGAGUCUUCUGUGAGUCUUAUUAGAAUUUCAUAUGACUCUCCUGUAAAGUCUCAAAUGAAUCUUCUGUAAGUCUCUUAUAAGUCUCCUAUAAGUCUUCUGUGAGUCUCCUGUGAGAUUUCUGUGAGUCUCAGUCCCACAUAGACUCCAAAGUAAGAUUAACAAUAUGAACAUAGUACUCACAAUAUUCUGUACAGUAGAGAGAAGAGUCUUAGUGUGUACAUAUACCUAUAUAAUAUACCUUUUGGGAGCCUCCAUUCUCCUGUGAGAGUCUUCUGUGAGUAACCUGUAAGAGUCUCCUGUGAGAGUCUUCUGUGAGUAACCUGUAAGAGUCUCCUGUGAGAGUCUUCUAUGAGUAACCUGUAAGAGUCUCCUGUGAGAGUCUUCUAUGAGUAACCUGUAAGAGUCUCCUGUGAGAGUUUUCUGUGAGUAACCUGUAAGAGUCUCCUGUGAGAGUCUUCUAUGAGUAACCUGUAAGAGUCUCCUGUGAGAGUCUUCUGUGAGUAACCUGAAAGAGUCUCCUGUGAGAGUCUUCUGUGUUUAACCUAUAAGAGUCUUCUGUGAGUAACCUGUAAGAGUCUCCUGUGAGAGUCCUCUAUGAGUAACCUGUAAGAGUCUCCUGUGAGAGUCUUCUGUGUGUAACCUAUAAGAAUCUCCUGUAAGAGUCUCCUGUAAGAGUCUCCUGUAAGUCUCGUGUAAGAGUCUCCUGUAGAAGUCUCCUGUAAGAGUCUCCUGUAUGUCUCGUGUAAGAGUCUCCUUUAAGAGUCUCCUGUAAGA